AUUCAGCUUGACGCUGCGUAACUGAGGGAGGCUUAAAGAGACAACAGUGAAAUCAUUAGCAACUUGAGGACAAGAGAAGCCAAACGAGAAAGAAACCAGCAUCCAAAGAACCAUGCCUUCGACUGUGUUUCGAUAACCGACAUUUAAAGAUAACCAGUUGACAUCAAACCAGUCUGUUACCUGUUUUGCUGUUUCUUGAUCUCUGGGUUGUUUCCUGCUGUGGCCCUGCAACAUGGAGAGUCUCCACUAUGUCAAUGAAGGCUGACCAGAAGAAAUGAGGCAUUCCAGAAGAUGUUCCCAAGUGGCCUUGUGGAUCCAGUAGCUGUGUUUUGGAGUCCUUUUUCAUGAAUAGUACUGUAUGUUUGUCUGUGGAAACAUCCUAGCAAAAUCUGCCUUUUUGUCAGGCAGAAACAUGCUAUUCUGAGACUGGAGUCAAGAAACGUACAAGAACAGAGUUCUGCUUGUAGACAAGGAACACAAAGAAGAAAAGGGAAAAGCUGUCUGAUAGACAGACGGGUCACUUAAGCUGCAGUGUUGGCUCACUUAAGUCUUCGCUGCAUAUUUUAACAGCGGUACCUUUCCUCUGUCCUGUGAGAUUUGCCCCUCCCUUCAAGUGUCCUUCGUCGUCGUUAUUGGAGUUUCUAUGGUUUGCAUGGCUGGAGACUAACCGUGGAGAGGCCAGGGUAUCACAAGCUUAUGGAUUUUGAAAAGAGAGGGGGCAAGGGAGAGACAGAGGAAGGGAAAAAGAUGUCUAAGACAGCAGGCAGCAGGACUGGCGGCAGGAGUUCAGGGACCAAUUCUGGAGUUCUUAUGGUUGGCCCAAACUUCCGUGUGGGUAAAAAAAUCGGCUGCGGGAACUUUGGAGAGCUGCGGCUGGGAAAAAAUCUCUAUACUAAUGAAUAUGUGGCCAUCAAAUUGGAACCCAUAAAGUCCAGGGCACCUCAGCUCCAUUUGGAGUAUAGAUUUUACAAACAGCUGGGAAAUUCAGAGGGAAUCCCUCAGGUGUACUACUUUGGUCCUUGUGGGAAAUACAAUGCCAUGGUGCUGGAGCUACUUGGGCCCAGUCUAGAGGACCUGUUUGAUCUCUGUGACCGCACCUUCUCCCUUAAAACCGUCCUCAUGAUAGCCAUACAGCUGAUAACGCGGAUGGAGUACGUUCACACCAAGAGUCUGAUAUAUAGAGACGUAAAACCCGAGAACUUUCUUGUUGGGCGACCCGGAAGCAAGAGGCAGCACACCAUUCACAUCAUUGACUUUGGUCUGGCCAAAGAAUACAUAGACCCUGAGACCAAAAAACACAUCCCAUACCGGGAGCACAAGAGUCUGACUGGAACGGCACGUUACAUGAGCAUUAACACACACUUGGGAAAGGAGCAAAGCAGAAGGGAUGAUUUGGAGGCGUUGGGUCACAUGUUUAUGUACUUCCUCCGAGGCAGCCUCCCCUGGCAGGGCCUAAAGGCCGACACAUUGAAAGAGAGGUAUCAAAAGAUUGGAGACACCAAACGAGCUACACCGAUUGAAGUCCUCUGUGAAAGCUUCCCUGAAGAGAUGGCCACCUACCUGCGUUAUGUGAGGAGGCUGGACUUCUUUGAGAAGCCAGAUUAUGACUACUUGAGGAAGUUGUUCACUGAUCUGUUUGACAGGAAUGGCUAUGUCUUUGACUAUGAAUACGACUGGGUCGGCAAAUCACUUCCCACACCGAUAGGCCCUAUCCCCAGUGACACCCCCCUGCAGCCCAGCAGUAGAGACAAAGCACAACAGCAGACCAAAAACCAGUCGCCUGAGCCCAAAGGAAGUGAGUCUCAGCCCACCCCUGUGACCAAUAAGGAGACUCUGGGGUCGCACCUCACAGCUGAGCGGCUGGGGGGCUCUGUUCAGGUGAUGAGCUCAACGAAUGGCGAGCUGAAUACUGAUGAUCCCACAGCUGGACACUCCAACGCUCCCAUCACUGCUCCCACUGAGGUUGAAGUGGCUGACGAAACCAAGUGCUGUUGUUUCUUCAAAAGGAGAAAGAGGAAAGCCCUCCAGAGGCACAAGUGAAAGAAGAGAAUAGAGAGAACUUGAAACAUUGUGGUCACUGUCAAGUUUUAAAUGGAAGCAACUACACAACCCCCCUGUCCCUUAUCUCUUACCAACUUCCCCCUCACUUCUGUAUCCUCUCACCUUCCUCCCCCAUCACCAUGUACCUCCUCUUCGCGCUCUUUCUCUUUCUCAGUGCUCCCCGGCUACUGCCAAGUUGAAGGAAUGUUGCAGUCCUACUGACUCCACAACAGACUCUUGAUUCCUCUUUUGAUGGGAAAAAAUAAACAUACCUGCAUUACAACAGGGGAGGCUUGAGAAGUUUAAAGAAUAAAAAGGAAAAAAAGAAAAAAAAUGCUGUAACAAUGAAACUCGAAUACCAUGGCGUGAAUAUGAAAAAAAGAUGCUGUUUGAAGCAGUUGUAUUCUAGAUUCCAUACAGAGUGUGUGUUGUUCCAGGGGAAACCAUUAACAUGGUUUGAGUGAAAGAAAUCUGCUCCUUAGGAAAUUGUUAAUUUUCUUUUCUUUGGUGUGUGUUUUGGGAUCAAAGUAAAGAGGAAAAGGUGAACUAUGCUGAUAUUAAAGGAGAGGCGCAGGAAGCAUUUCAUCUAUAAAACUUAAUUUGGAAGAUUUUAAUGUUUUUUUUCCCCCCCUUUUUUUCUCUUUUGUAAGUGAAUCCUCAGUUUUUGAAGUCAAAUCCCUGCAUUGAAUACUUAUGUUUAUGUUAUAGUGUUCUGGAGUUAAAUUUUUCCUCACUUUGGCUUUUUUUUUGUCUGUCAACGUGAUCAUUGUAGCACAGUCACUGGCCUCAGGUACUGUGGAAGAAUGAGAGAAACAGAUAUUAAGCUCUCUUAUUAUUAUUAUUAUUAUUAUUAUUGCACUUUUGGGGAAAAAAGCAUUACAGUGGAAAACUAAGUUUGAAAUUAACAGUUAAAAAAAAACUUAAUAAAGACUGAUCUAGGAAGAGUCCUUCACAAUGCUUAUAUCUGAGUUAUGGCUUAAAAAGUUGUCUAUUUACAUCGAAAAAGAAAACAUGUCUUUUGAUUUUUAUUUCUUACAUCAAAAUAAUUUACCAGGAAAUCAUAGUUUGUGCCUUUUUAAGUAAAAUGUUUAAAGCUCAAAUGAGUGUCCCGCAAUGACAUUUUAUCUAAUCUGACCCAAAUGCUCAGUGGAUUACUGUGUGAGAGUUUGUGUGUUUGUGAGGUUGCAUGCGUGUGCUUGCUAAUACGGAAGAUGUUGUAAGCAAAUAUGAGUAAUGACUGUGUGCACAUCCCCUUCUAUCACUUAUGCAUCUUCCUCCCCUACUUCCUGCUGCAGUCAGCGCAUCUGUACCUUGGUGGCAUUUGUUCUGGAGAGAGGUCGGGAUCAUCUGUGCUGUCAGCUCAAAAACAGAUUUGACAGUAAAAAUCUCAAAUGUGUUUGGAGACUUUUUUUUAUUAUUAUUAUUAUUAUUUGGAUGUCUCUGCCAGACUAGCAACUCAUUAGUGUUUACUUGUUUAAAAUGUACAAUAGGUCUCUUGAAUUGGCUUACUCUUCUGUUCAGACCAUACAAGAGCAGUGAUUUUUUUUUCUUUGAAGUUUCUUUGUGACGACAGAUGUGAUUUUCCUGUUUUGUUCUUUUUCUGUUUUUGUUUCCAUCAAGCAAACAAUUUAAAAUGUAAUACCACUGCAUAAUUUCCCACAAGACAACUGGAUGGCAUCUAUAAUCACACCUCUUUACACCCCACUCUUCCUGUUUAACAGGUUUUUUUUUGUUAAAAUACUUUGGCUAUGUCCCUGAUGCCAUUAUAAUCUGUUUCACUGUCUUUCUAAAACUCUUCCUUUGUUUUUCCAGGCCAAUCUUUAUUUGUUAAAAAGAAAAAGGCAAAGUAGUCCUUUUAAGAUCAAUUUGAGCCUGCUUAUCCUUAUUUGCCUUGGACAGCUUACUGACCAAGGCAGUGAAGGGGUCUGUUGUCUCAAAAAUAUAUAGAAAGAGAGACAUGACAGAAAGGAUGUAUAAAAUAAUGCAGAUGACUUUGUAUUCAGUAUAAGUUUGUGUCUGGAUGUCAACUAAGUCAUUUGUGUCCAGCGGCCCAUUUUUUCAUCAUCUGUCCAUAAUUAUAAUGAAUUGGUUCCUGUAGUUUAACUUCAGAUCAACCCAUUACACAAGACCAUUUGACCAGUAUUUCACGAAUAUAUGGUGUGAAUAACAACCAUGUUAAACGUCAUAAACCAAGAAUAGGAGGUUUGUCAUCAGAGGCGGUUGAAGCUGAAGGUUUUGUGACUGAUUAUUUUUAGCUGGGUGUCAGUUGGUGUCAAUUUCAUUUGAUUCACACAAGCAGCUGUUGUACACACCAAGACCCACAUAUAUUUCAGAUCUUGAAAUCCUAUCUGGCUUGCAAAAAUGUUUAUUUUCAUGUUAUGAAUUAAAUUUUAAAGUUAUGAGUAGCAAAUGGGUUUAUCUAAGCAGGUGCUGGAGGACUGAAGUUCUUAAAUCCAUGUAAAGAACCGAACGAGAAACCUGCUGUGUAAGAGUUUUAAUUGCCACUCAUAACCAUGACUUAAUUUAAACGGCAUAUAAAGCGUUUACAUUGCAGAGCUGUAUGUUAGCCGCUAUAUGAUGAUUAAAACACGCUUCCGGAUGUUCAGAGGAUAACUGGAAACACCGUGCGCCUUUACGCGUGAAGGCCUCCCUGGAUCUAAAGCGCUGUUGAGGAUAGGGAACACUUGCUUGCGCACCAAAAUAUUCCACUGAAAACCACCGAUUCAGCUGGCCUGUGUGGGGACCCAGCUUGAUAAUGCAUUACACUGCAUUUAUUAUGUUAUUUCUUAUUGGGGAGAUUUUUUGAAGAUGUUCAGACCAGGGUUGAACUGUGCUUCUGCUCUACGUCUCAUGGUGUAACUAUUUGCAACAUGUAUUUGUAAAUAUGACAACGACAGAUCUCUUAUUGUGAAUAAAGGAAGUUUUAUCACAGGA